AUGCGGAGAACCCGAGGUAGCCUAAUGAUGGAUUUUGAUGAGCGUGUUCCUUGUUCCUCUAACAUGUAUUUGCCAAGUUGUACUUACUACGUCUCGGGUCCUGAUUUCUCCAGCCUCCCUUCUUUUUUGCCCCAGACCCCGUCUUCUCGCCCUAUGACAUACUCCUACUCUUCCAACCUACCCCAGGUCCAACCUGUGAGAGAAGUUACCUUCAGGGAGUAUGCCAUUGACCCCUCCAGUAAAUGGCACCCCAGGAACAAUCUACCCCACUGCUACUCAGCAGAGGAGAUCAUGCACAGAGACUGCCUGCCUGCCACCAACACGGCUAGCAUGGGCGAGAUGUUCGGCAAAAACACAGCAAACGUCUACCACCCCACCACCAACGUCUCGUCCAAUUUCUAUAGCACGGUGGGGAGGAACGGGGUCCUGCCCCAGGCUUUCGACCAGUUUUUCGAGACGGCGUAUGGCACCACGGAAAACCUGUCCUCAGCGGACUAUUCGGGAGACAAGAAUGGCGAGAAAAUGCCUCCGACAGCUACUGCAACUUCAAGUUCGGAAGGCGGCUGCAGCAGAGAGGCGGCAGCAGCAGCAGAGGAGAAGGAGAGGCGGAGGAGGACAGAGAGCAGCAGCAGCCCGGAGUCAUCUUCCGGCAACAAUGAGGAGAAAUCCAGCAGCUCCAGUGGACAACGGACCCGUAAAAAGAGAUGUCCAUACACCAAAUAUCAGAUUAGAGAAUUAGAAAGAGAAUUCUUCUUCAGUGUCUAUAUAAACAAAGAGAAACGCCUCCAGCUUUCCCGAAUGCUCAAUUUGACCGACCGUCAAGUAAAAAUAUGGUUUCAAAACAGAAGAAUGAAAGAAAAAAAAAUUAACAGGGACCGAUUACAAUAUUACUCAGCUAAUCCACUACUUUAAAACUCAUAGCGUUUUUCAAAAUGAGAUUAAAUUCAGAUUUCGCCCUUGACAAGGUCAAGCCACAGGGUUACAUUUAAGAAGGAGGUGUGUAACUGACGGGACUAUGAGACCUAUGAUUUUACAUACAUGUAAAUCAACUCUGGACUUUUAAUUUUUUAAUUUUUGAUAUUUACGUAUCAACUGGAAUUGAUUUGAUGCUGACCCACAUGGCAUCUAGGGCCAACAGGCCAGCCACAAUCUUUGUUCUGAGUGCAAAAUUCAUACCUCUUACCUUUACAGACACUUCCGCUCGUUCUGUUCUGGUUUCAGUAAUUAAAAGUGGGAAGUGAACCUUUGCCUAUUCACUGUUUAACUAUUGUUGAUCUUGUUCCCCUGUUUUACUGUGGAAUGUGUGUGUGGAAAUUACAGGUCGAGUUUACGUGCUGAGGACCACUGCAAAACAAAGCUUCGCAAAAUAAUAUUUUUUUCCUUCGGAAGAGAAUGUCUCUGUUAGAGCAGAGCUCCAUGACUAAUUGAUUUAAAUAAAAAUAAAUACAUAUUCCUUUACAAGGUCAAUCAAGAAAGUUAUAGUACAGACGAAGUGAUGGAUAUAAUCGUGUUUUAUUGGG